AUGCGGCAAUGCCUUAUUUUCGAUUCCCAUGAACAGGGCGCCCGGCUCAUUGGAAUUGAGUACCUAAUUACCGAGAAAAUAUUUUCAACUCUCCCAGAGAGCGAAAAGAAACUCUGGCAUACUCAUAACUAUGAAGUAAAGUCAGGAAUAUUGGCUAUGCCACAGCCGUCAAUUUCACCCAUACCCGCAGCGGCUUGGGAUGUUCUUGAAGAUGCGGAGAUGAAAGAGCUCAUCAAGAUGUAUGGGAAAACGUAUCACCUGUGGCAGGUGGAUAAACAUGAUGUUCCAAUGGGAGAGCCGCAGCUCAUGUCGACAUAUACAAAGGAGGACCAGGUUCCAUCGGGUCUGAGAACAGCACUUGAGAAGAGGGAUAAGGAACUAGGAAUUAGUACUGCGGAAAAGAAGGAGCGAAGGCAAGGGAUCAAAAAAGCAGAUACAGACAAAUGCGAUGAGGUUGAUCAAGCCUGGAAGAAGGCUUGA